GUGACGCACUUCCGGCUUUUGUGACGCUUUCCCUGGGGUCUGACGUCCAGGGGACCUAGAUCUGAGUCCAGCGCUCCUGGUCCCCAAAGUCACAACCGGUUCUAUCCCAGCACCCCAGACGUCUCCGGGCGGGGACAGAGUUGGGCGUGCACGGCUGUGUCCUGCAAUCCGCUCGCCACGACCUCCCCGGACGGAGUGGAAGCGGGUCCGUGCCCCUGUCCCUCGCGUCAGCCUCGGCGGUGGCAAGCGCUGUCCCUCAGCAGAGGCGUCCCUGGAUACAGGAUAGCAAAACCUGAUCUCAUAAAACCUAGGUCACAAAGGACAGCCCUGCAAAACAGACGCUAUUUGGAUCAAGUGAGCCAGUUCCUGGAACCUGAAUAAUGACUCCUGAAUCAAGGGAUACUACAGAUUUGUCUCCACGGGGUACCCAGGAGAUGGAAGGCAUCGUGGUAGUGAAGGUGGAGGAGGAAGAUGAAGAAGACCAUUUUCAAAAGCAAAGAAACAAAGUAGAGUCAUCGCCACAAGUUCUCAGUCGCUCUACAACCAUGAAUGAGAGAGCCUUAUUAUCAUCAUAUUUAGUUGCAUAUAGAGUGGCAAAGGAGAAAAUGGCUCACACGGCGGCUGAAAAAAUUAUCCUUCCAGCAUGUAUGGACAUGGUACGGACAAUUUUUGAUGACAAAUCAGCUGAUAAACUAAGAACUAUACCUCUUAGUGAUAAUACAAUAUCUCGUCGAAUUUGUACGAUUGCAAAACAUUUGGAAGCAAUGCUUAUUACACGGCUGCAGUCUGGUAUAGACUUUGCAAUCCAGCUUGAUGAGAGCACUGAUAUUGCAAGUUGUCCCACACUCUUGGUCUAUGUCAGAUAUGUGUGGCAAGAUGAUUUCGUAGAGGAUCUCUUAUGUUGUUUAAAUUUAAAUUCACAUAUAACUGGAUUAGAUUUAUUUACUGAAUUAGAAAACUGCAUUGUUGGUCAGUAUAAAUUAAACUGGAAACAUUGUAAAGGAAUUUCAAGUGAUGGAGCAGCCAAUAUGACCGGAAAACACAGCAGACUUACUGAAAAAUUGUUAGAAGCAACCCACAACAAUGCUCUUUGGAAUCACUGUUUUAUUCAUCGAGAAGCUUUGGUAUCCAAAGAAAUUUCACCAAGUCUAAUGGAUGUAUUGAAAAAGGCAGUGAAAAUUGUUAAUUUUAUUAAAGGAAGCUCACUGAAUAGCCGACUUCUCGAAAUACUUUGUUCAGAGAUUGGAGUUAACCAUACCCACUUAUUGUUUCAUACAGAAGUUCGUUGGCUUUCUCAAGGAAAGGUAUUGAGCAGAGUAUAUGAACUCAGGAAUGAGAUUUACAUUUUUCUCAUUGAAAAGCAAUCUCAUUUGGCAAAUAUUUUUGAAAACGACAUUUGGGUAACCAAAUUGGCAUAUUUAAGUGAUAUUUUUGGCAUUCUUAAUGAAUUAAACCUGAAAAUACAGGGGAAAAACAAUGAUAUAUUUCAGUAUCUUGAACAUAUUCUAGGAUUCCAAAAGACAUUAUUAUUUUGGCAAGCAAGACUUAAAAGUAACCGCCCUAGCUACUAUAUGUUUCCAACAUUAUUGCAACACAUCGAAGAGAACAUUAUUAACGAAGACUGCUUAAAAGAAAUAAAAUUAGAGAUAUUGUUGCAUCUCACUUCUUUGUCUCAAACUUUUAAUUAUUACUUUCCAGAAGAGAAAUUUGAAUCAUUAAAGGAAAAUAUUUGGAUGAAAGAUCCAUUUGCUUUUCAAAACCCAGCAUCAAUAAUUAAGUUAAACUUGGAGCCUGAAGAAGAGAAUGAAUUAUUGCAGCUCAGUUCAUCAUUCACACUAAAGAAUUAUUAUAAGACAUUAAGUUUAUCAGCAUUUUGGAUUAAGAUUAAAGAUGAAUUUCCACUGCUAAGUAGGAAGAGUAUAUCGCUGUUACUACCAUUCACAACUACUUAUUUGUGUGAACUAGGAUUUUCAAUCUUGACACGAUUAAAAACAAAGAAGAGAAAUAGGCUCAACAGUGCACCGGACAUGCGGGUAGCAUUAUCUUCAUGUGUUCCUGACUGGAAGGAACUUAUGAACAGACAAGCACACCCAUCACAUUAAAUAAAAUCUUUACAAAAUUCUGUGUUUAGUCGGGUGUGGUGGCUUACGCCUGUAAUCCCAGCACUGGGGAGACGGAGGUGGGCAGAUCACUUGAGAUCGGGAGUUCGAGACUAGCCUGGCCAACAUGGUGAAACCCCAUCUCUACUAAAAAUACAAAACUUAGCCAGGCGUGGUGGUACAUGGCUGCAAUCCCUGUUACCUGGGUGCCUAAGGCAGGAGAAUCUCUUAAACCAGAGAUUGCAGUGAGCUGAGAUAAUCCCACUGCAUUCCAGCCUGGGCAACAGAGUGAGACUCCAUCUCAAAAACAAAACAAAAAAAUAUAUAUAUCUGUACUUUUAAAGGGAUUUUGCAGUAUAUUGUAUUUAAAUGUUAAUAAAAUUAUAUUUGCAAUUAGG